AUGAGAGUAGCAAGCAUCGCAGCCGGACUUGCAGCUACGGCAUCCGCACAAUCAGCCCAAGAACUGAUCAACUCGGUCUUGAAUCCUGCACCAGGCACUUCACCGUAUUCUUCCUACUCAACACAGAUCUACUACAAUGCCACCCUGUUCAACGAGACACCUAUCGCGUCAACGAAUUACGACAAGCUGGAAGCCUCGGCGAAGUUACGUUUAGAUCCAGCUGCAUAUGAUUAUGCUGCAGGCGGUGCUGGAUUAGAGACGACCGUUGCCAACAACCGGGCAGCUUUCUCUCGGUGGAGCAUUCUCCCUCGGGUGAUGCGUGAGGUAUAUCCCAAGCGCAACCUGACUACGACUUUGUUCGGCAAGACUCUCCCUGCCCCGAUUGUGAUGGCUCCAGUCGGCGUCCAGACAUUAUACCAUCCGGACGGAGAGCGUGCAACUGCAUCUGUAUUCGGGGAACUUGGACUGCCAUUCACCCUCAGCACCGCAACGAGUACGGGCUUUGCAGAUGUCGCCAAGGCCAAUGGAGUGAAUAGCACUCGAUGGUACCAGUUGUACUGGCCAAGCGAUGAUGAUCUGACGCGGUCGUAUCUGAAGACCGCAAAGGAAAACGGAUACGACGUCCUCGUCGUCACGGUAGACACCUGGGAUCUAGGCUGGAGGACUCGUGACCUAGAUCGAGGAUUCUUCCCUUUCAUCCGGGGUAUUGGGGUUCAGAUCGGCCUGGAAGAUCCAGUGGCACAUCAGAAGCUGGGUUUCAACCCUCUGGCGAAGAACGCAACGGCUGAGCAGAAGCAGACUGCGGCGCUCUAUCAUGUCAUCACGACAUCGAGAGGAAUCUCGCCAGUGUGGGAUAGGUUGCCAUUCUUGAGGGAAGCUUGGGGCGAUGGACUGAUCGUGCUCAAAGGGGUGCAGACGGCUGAGGACGCACAGCUGGCUGUUCAGCAUGGUAUUGAUGGGGUCAUCGUGAGCAAUCACGGCGGCCGUCAAAUAGACGGCGCAAUCGGCUCUCUCGACGCCCUUUACAACGUCACAAAUGUAGUCAAGGGGCAGCUGGCUAUUGGCUUUGAUGGCGGCAUUAGAGGAGGCGCAGACAUAUUUAAAGCACUCGCCAUCGGUGCCGAUUUCGUCCAAGUCGGCCGCCCAGUCCUAUGGGGUUUGGCUCAUGAAGGAGCGAAGGGAGUCAGGCAUGUGAUGAAGUCUCUGCUUGCGGAGUUUGAGUUGACCGUGGGACUUGCGGGUUGCCAGCACGUUCAAAAGCUGAAUCGAACACAUCUCUUGAGGGUAUGA